GCCAUGUUCUUUGUUGUUGGUGAUGCUUCUGCGCACCGAAGCGCGGCCUUCGGGCUAUCUUAGCGGCGUCCGAAUGCCCGCAACUAAGAUGCCGGGACCGUCCCCGACAGUAUCCGGCGCCCUCGACUCAGUGACGGAGCUUAAUUUUCACCUAAUUAACCCAGAACUCCAUACGCAAUCCCCCGUGAUAGAGCCUUAACUCCUCAAGAUUAUAUUUUUUACCCGUCAUUCCGGUUGCCAUCUGCGGUAUUCAUCGGCAUCGCGAGAAAACCGCCCAACAGCGUCAAUCCGAAUUAGCCGAGCUUUCUGCGGGCCACCAAACGACGAGUAACAAUAGAGAGUUUCACCUCGCUCCCCGUCCGUCGCCAGUGGGAGAAAAAGUCGUGGACCUGGGCCAUUUCGAUGCCUCAUGUAUCGUGGCGAGCCCUCGGACAAAUUGGACAAUCCUUCAACUUCGUAGUCUCAGGACGUGCUGCUCUUUGCACCAUGACGUCUCCGAGCCGCUCUUACAAUGACGCAAUUGAUGCGCUGAACUCGCUUCAGACGCCGUUUGAUAUCAUCGAGGCCCGCCGAAAGGCUGGAAUCAAGCCCGAUGCAGUCUCUAUCAAGGAGAUGAAGACGUACCUAGGUCGAAUUGGCUACACAGCAAAUGAUCUGGAUCGCCUCAAUAUCGUCCAUGUGGCGGGAACAAAGGGAAAGGGUAGUACAUGCGCCUUUGUUGACUCCAUCCUCGCCCAGUACCAGCGCACCCUCGCCAUCCCUCACAAGACUGGCUUUUUCAGCUCGCCUCACCUCAUCGCCGUGCGGGAGCGCAUCCGGAUCAACUCGCAGCCUAUUUCUGAGGAUCUAUUUGCGAAAUAUUUCUUUGAAGUAUGGGACCGGCUUGAGCCAUCCGCAGCAGUGGCGGAGGAGAACACCCUCAUGGCUCCGCGACCUAUCUAUGCCCGCUACCUGACGCUCAUGAGCUGGCAUGUCUUCCUACAAGAGGGAGUGGAAGUGGCAGUUUACGAGACAGGCAUUGGUGGAGAGUUUGACGCAACAAAUGUCGUUGAAAAGCCAGUUGUAUCGGGAAUCAGCACGCUCGGGAUCGACCACGUCUUUGCCCUCGGCAACACCGUUGACAAGAUCGCAUGGCACAAAGCCGGUAUUAUGAAGACUGGUAGUCCGGCUUUCACGAUUGAGCAGGUUCCCGAGGCCGCAGAGGUUCUGAAACAAAGAGCUGUAGAGAAGAAUGUUAAUCUAGAGGUAUUGGAGAUUGACCCUCGACUCAGCGCCGUCAAGAUCCGACCAGACGCUGCAUUCCAGAAGCGCAACGCUUCCCUAGCCGUCGCCCUGGCAGAGGCCGUGCUGUUGAAGCUGGAGGUCACUCUUCCGCCAAAGUCAGAACCCUUGCCGUAUGAGUUUGUGGCUGGCCUUGAGAAGGUCGUCUGGAGAGGUCGCUGCGAAGUCAAACUCGAGGACAAGGUGACCUGGCACGUUGAUGGCGCCCAUACGGCUGACAGCCUGAAGAUGUCGGCGAAGUGGUUCAAUGGCGAAAUAUCCGGCCGAUUCGGCCCCCGUGUCAUGAUCUUCAACCAACAAGGCCGCUCCGAGGCCGUCGAUUUCCUCGAGUCCAUCCAGAAAGCCACCAAACGCGAUGGCAAGCCUGCCUUCGACCAUGUCAUCUUCUGCACAAACGUCACCUACAGCGCGACAGGUUACAAGCGCGACUUUGUCAACCACCAAUUCGACCCGGCUGACAUCGACAAGAUGACAGUCCAGCACCGCUUUGCCGAAAAGUGGGCAUCUAUAGACCCAGUUGCCACCGUCAAGGUCAUGCCGACGAUCGAGCAGUCCAUCGACUACGCGCGGCAGCUUGGCGAGGGGCUUCCGGAAGGCGCAUCGGUGCAGGCGUUCAUCACCGGGAGCUUGCAUCUGGUUGGCGGCGCGUUGGGGAUAUUGGAGAAGGCCGAUGCCCUGUAAUCCGUGGCCAUCGUUUGCAUGGUAUAUGGUUUGGGACAGGAUAUGGAGCAUAGACGACAAGGCAUAUAUAUCUACAAGACUACAAUAGACC